AUGGACUCUCUCAAUGGUGUUCAAGUUGCGAACCAUCCUGUCGAAGAACCAAUCAACAAUAUCGAAGAUGUUCAAAAGACUAAUUCCCUUCAUAAACGUCAUAAAACAAAAGAAAAAAGAAAAACAUCACUCUCCCCGUUACGAAACAAUAAAACAUCCAAGAAUAGAACAAGUAAACGAAAAUCAUCGAUGGCACAAACCAAAAAAGAAAUAUCUGAAGCGGGGCCGUCUAUUAAAACAUGUGAUUCACAACCGAACGAUAAUGAUGACAAAAGUUAUAAUGCUACAUUAAAUCUUAUGCACAUGAAGCUUAAUGAGGAAACUACUGUUCAACAUCCGACAAAAGUUGAAAUACCCGACACUUUCGAAGAUAAACAAGCAGAAAAUGGUUUAAAAACAAUUGAUGAAGUACCAGACAAAGAAGAGUUAGAUGCUUCAAAGGAAAUAAAACAAAGAAAUAUGAUUUUAGAAGAGAAACUUAAUAAAUAUGAUGAAUUAAAUGUUGAUGGCAUUCUUAACGUAUCAUCAUUGAAUGUUACAGACAAUGAUGUACCAUUGAUUAUCCAACGAGCUUUUAAAAAUGCGAAGAAAAAAUGUGUGCAACUAAUUUUACGUGAUAAUACUUUAACAUCUAAAGGUGUCAAAAUACUUGUCGAUCAAUUAAUUUCGAUACCAAAUAACUUGAAAAGUCUUUAUCUCUCCGGCAAUCCAGAUAUUGGCGACGCAGGAAUUGAGCAUUUAUCUCGUUUAUUACAAACAAAUCGAUCGAUAACUAUUCUCGCUUUACACUGUACGGGUAUAACAAAUCAAGGUGUUCGAAUACUAUCCAAUAUUCUUUGUCAUCACAAAACGGACUCAAUUGCCUGUCUUGAGAAACUCUAUAUUUCAUUCAAUAAAUUGAUUACUGAUGAAUCAUUAGAAACUCUCAUUCAAAUACUUGAACAAAACCAAACAUUGAAAUUACUUUCAUUACAAAAUUGUAGUUUAUCGGAUAAUGCUCGACGACGAUUAAGAAAAGUUACGACGAAAAAGAAAAGCAAGAAAUUUAAUCUUUCAGAAUAA